CCACUCCCUCUCUCCACCUGGACAUCGACAGCUCAGCUCUCACAAAACCAUGAGUUUUCAAGACCCUACUCCCUCCCCUAGCUGCAGCAGCCUCACCAGUACCGUAUAUAAUCACCCAGUUCUAAUUAUAGGGACAAUACUGACAGCUGUUUAUUUCUCAUGGUAUCAUUUUGUAGUAGUUCGUCGUCCUUUGCUUUACGGUGGUAGAGACAGACUGAGAGACCAUCUCCUCUCUCAGUGUCGUUCAUUGUCUCAGCCAUACAGACCCACAAUAUGGGCGUGGCACUAUCAUGGGACUACUAUUAUACGCCCACUCAUUCAGAAACUGUUACCAAUUCAAUAUAAUAGGCAGAUGCUACAUUUACCUGAUGGAGGUCAAAUCGGAUUAGAUUGGGCUAAAAGGGCAGACACUAUCGAUAACACAGUACUAUUGAUAAUACCAGGAUUAAGUGGUGACUCCAGUAUAAAUUACGUGCAGCACUUUGUCCAGGAUGGCCUUGAGGCUGGUCAUAUAUGCGUUGUCUUCAAUCAAAGAGGAAUGGGCAAUAUACCACUUACAUCUCCUUGCAUGGUUUCUGCUAAUAAUACGCGUGAUCUUGAAGCUGUCAUUGAUGCUAUUAAUAAAUCCUAUCCUAAUGCAUCAAUCAUUGCACUGGGGGUGUCACUAGGAGGGAUAAUACUGACCAAUUAUCUUCACUGUGCUGGAGGCAGGAGUAAGAUAUCCUCAUGCAUGACUAUAUCUACUCCUUGGGACGUUGAACUGUCAAGACAUUCGGUUGAAGAAAAGACUAUUAACAGGCUCUUAUACGUCAACUUUUUACUGGGAAGGUUGAGGAACGUUGUCAGAAAGAAUGUAACAGAAUUAGCAAAACAUCCAUCAGUUAACAUAGAGAGAGCUAUGAAUGCCAAGACAUUCACAGAGUUUGAUGAUGCACUGACAGCUCCUUCCAAUGGCUACGAAUCAUGCGAACAGUAUUACGAAGAAUCCUGUAUACAUGAUAAAGUAAAAAACAUACAAGUACCUUUCAUCUGCGUAAUGGCAAUGGACGAUCCAUUUUCUCCUACAGAAUGUAUACCAAUAGAUGCUUUUGAAUCGAAUCCUAACACAGUUCUAGUGCUGACACGUCAUGGUGGACACUUUGGAUUUAUAGAGGGUGUUUAUCCAAGAGGAAGGUCUUGGAUGAAUAAAGUCUUCUUUGAGUUUCUGCUUGCCAUGAAAUAACUUGUACAAUACAUAAUAGAUAUAAAAUCUAAUUAUUAUUUUUAUUGCCUUUAAAUCUCAUUUAUAAUGCGUGGGUGGUGUGCUGGAGGCGUUUCUCAUUAAUAUUCCGAAUCCACA